CUUUGCCGGUUCUAGCAGCAGACACAAUGAAACGAGGGGCAAUGUAGGACACCACGUUGGGGUUUGAAACGCAGUCACGCCGAUAGAUAGCAGAGGCCGCUGCUGGUGAGAAAAAGCAACGAGUUGAAAGUCUUUGGAGAAGAAUCGAACGCACUCAGGAAACGGCUCUCCGUCGUAACUUUUGCUUAGUCGUUAAACGCAGUCGCGCAUAAAAUGUCGUUCGCCUAUUCGGAUUAUCUGGCCGCCGAGUGUCUGGUGUCGAUAUCCAGCGGUCCCGUCCUCCAUCGACCCACCCCGGUGUCUGGUGCGGCUCAGGCCCCUCCUCAGGGCCUUCCUGCCGGCGAGCCAGACGGGUCGAGCGAGGACAGGGAGGUGCGGGAGACGCUUCGUUUAGAGGGGGCCAACGUGAUGACGGUGGCGGAGAUCCUCACCGACCUGCACGGCAAGUUUCGUCCCAUGUCGGCCUACUCCGAAAGCAGCAACUCGUCGUGCGGAGAGAGCGGCUACACCACGUUGUCUGACUCCACCACCCCAACGCCGACCAUGACCCCCUCUGCCACCCCUGUCCCGGGACAGUAUAAUAACACCCCUCAGCAGAUUUGGGGAGGAGGGGGCGCACCCCGCUCCCCCACCAAGCGUCACCUCUGUACCUUCGACGGGUGUGACCGGGUGUACGGCAAAUCAUCCCACCUGAAGGCGCACAUCAGGACCCACACAGGUGAGAGGCCCUUUCCGUGCACCUGGCCCGACUGCGAAAAGAAGUUCGCCCGUUCCGAUGAGUUGGCCCGACACCUGCGUACCCACACCGGCGAGAAACGCUUUCUGUGCCCACUCUGCGACAAGCGCUUCAUGCGCAGCGACCACCUCAUCAAGCACGCCCGCCGGCACCCCAACUUCCACCCCUCCAUGAUCAACCGCAAAGGUUCGGCUCAGGGAUCCGCUUUGACCCAGUCCACCACCGCCUCCACCUCCUCCUCAGAGUACGCCAGCACUGCCGUGUAGACGCCCCCUCACCGGGACCCCUGCCUUCUGCACUGUGACCACCGCCUCUGUCAGACACUGCAGCUUGACUCGAUCGCCGUGCAUGCUGGGAUCCUUUUAAGCUCAGUCCUCACUUCCACAGGCCAAAAAUGCAGAACUUCACCAUGUCUUCCUCCAAACCCCUUCCCCAAACCAGUAAUGACCAAAAUGGGCGAAGGAGACACAAAUGCUCAAGCACAUUCCCAAGUCGCGUGAUUAAAUGAUCACAUGACCGACAAGUGAUGCCGAACGCAACAUUGCUCUUAAAUUGCUUGCUUUGGGUGGAAUAGAUUCGUCUGAAAUACCGUAAAACACUUUUUCGGAUGCAUGCAGAUAAAAUUGCCACCAGCAGUAGCACAAUAUUUUCCAUCGGUCAUCUUGGGGUAUCACUUGUCAGCCAUGUUUUAGAAACCCCUAAAGGAUGCGUCACAGUUUAAGGGAAAGUUUACUUGUUCUUAGUCUUUUUACAGUACAGUAGUUCCUUCUUUGUCAUGUCUUUUUGUAUAGCCAGAAUGGCUAACCCUCUCUGGUUUUGCUUGUCCACACAUGCUGUAUGACACAAUAACCAGAUUCAGUUGCAGAUUAUCGUAAAGUAUUUGUGUGUUACUCAUGAAUUUGAUUCUUGACACCCUUUGAAACCAAACAACGAUUGAACCGAAACGGCCAGUGCAUUUCUUUUGGGUAGAAACACUGCCUGUAAUGCCGCAUUUCCACAUAGCUUUCCCUACUGAAAUUGUAAUAAGUUAUUGUCAACUUAAUUUACUUUUGUUUUCUAUUAGUAAUAUCAGCAUGGCAACUGAAAUAGUAGUUUGUUUUUUAAUUAACGUUAUUAGACCAUGCAUUUAUUAUUAUUAUUAUUUUCCACUUGGAGGAACUCUUUUGUUUGUCCAUGCAGUGUCGACAUGUUGGUACAUAUAGCAAUGUGUUUAAUAGAAAUGUGGAUACGUGUAGAUAAAUAUCUAUGCUUGCAGCUUCAAUGGUAAAGAUGUUAUUAUAUGAACUACUAGAAGUAAUACACCUUAUAUUAGGGGUGACAGUACACGCUUGAAUAGAAUAGUGCUGCUUGUGUGCGAAUGUUUGCGCGUCGUUUGUAUGUGUGUGUGUGUAUAUUCACGCAGGAGAGCCCGGGAAACGAUCUCUCUCCAAAACGGUCCCUCCUGCGGACCUCUUACAAACUAUCUUAGAGAACAAAAAAAAAACCACAUCAGGAAACUCAGAAAGCCUUAAAAUCUUUCGACUUGUUUUGCACCAUUGUUUACUGUCGGAUAUUUUCUACAGGUAUGCCGUCAGGCGUCGUUCUUCUCGACUAAAGAAAUACACAUGCAAUAUUGCACUUUUUUUCUUACUGGUAUUGUCAACGAUGCUAGUCGUCUGCUAGUGUAAUGGGUUUCACUGUAUAGAUGCUACUGCAUAGUACUCAACUAAACGAACACUGUGCAAGGUGAUAGAGACCUGUCA